UAAUUAGGAAGUAAAUUUUCAUUCGAUAACUACGUAAAUAAAAAUAAAAUAUAUUGCAUCAGUCAACAAGAAAAAAAAGAGAGAAAACGAUUAUUGGAUCAAAGAUAAAUAAGAUUUAAAAUCACAAACGACAUUAUAAAUACGAAUGCAGAAAAAAAAAUAAAAUCAAAACCAAUAAGAAUCGUCGAUAAUCGACAUAAAAUUGGACUGUCGUUCUAUUUAUAAUUCUCAUUGUUCGAUUUAUUAUGACGUUCAGUGUGUAUUCGAAUGAAUACACACGUGAAAGUUGAAAGUGACGAUUCAUAGGCUCAGUAUACGCUUUCGUGUCAGCUCGACUCGAUGAGAUCGGCUCGACUCGGAAUCCUAUCGUUCGCGCGGGCUCCCGCCGGCUCGUGGUCAACGCUCGAGGUUUAGUUUGCGUCUGGCAUUGCGUUCGGACGGUUGUAUUAUAGGGUGUUCGUUGUAUGUUUGUCGUUCCUUUCAAGAAAUAUUGUUGUUUUAGUCCUCCCACGAGGCGCUCGUGAAACCCGCGUGGCUUAGGCUUAUUACAUAUUAUCAUAUUUUACCGAUAGUAACGAUCACGAUCAUUAAUAUAAAUUGUGCUACGAAUUGUGCUACGAACUGCUAACAACUGAGCAGCGACCAGUUGGUAUGUUCAAUUCACCGCAGUCAAUUCUUCGUUGUUGAUUUUGAGAUGAUGCAAGAACGGUCUACCUGUUGCGUUACUACUACGACUGACGAAAUUCUGUAUCAUCGUACUUCAUAGCAAAAAUAAUAAUAAUGACAGUUACCGAUAAUGUUCAAAAUAAACGUGACACGACUUACGUUUUAAGUAAUACUACUUUGCAACAGGAGUAUGGCCAUACUAAACAAAAAGAAUUAUCGAACAUGGAAGAGUCCUUGGAAGCUCCGAAUAUUAAUGAAAAUUCAAAUGAAUUCGCUGAGCCUUGUUCCGAGACAAAACUCAUUUUCUCAGAAACAAAACAAAAAAUAACGAGAUCUAACGAUUUUAAAUCGAAGAAGAUCGACAAUAUCGAAAAUGAGGAACCACUUAUGAAAACUGACAGACAAGAAGAUCCGGAAGCUAACAAUGCUAAUCUUAAUAUACCACCUGAUGGUGGUCUCAGAGCUUGGAUGAUCAUGAUUGGUAGUUUCUUUAUCAAUGGUGUUUUAUUUAGCGUGAUCAACACAUACUCUUUAAUCUAUCUCGAACUACAAAAUAAAUUAUUGGAAGCUGGAGAAACAGAGGUGUCCUCUAAAGCGUCUCUAGUCGGAUCAUUGACCAUUGGUACAACAUUUUUCUUAUCGCCAAUCGCUGGUAUCCUCACUGAUAAAAUUGGAAUUCAGAUGACAACAUUUUUAGGAGGUGCAAUAGCAUCGAGUGGUAUGUUUCUUUCUUCGAUGCUCUCCGAUAAGGUAGAAUUAUUGUAUAUGACCUACGGCGUGAUGUACGGACUCGGUGCAAGUCUUGCUUAUACACCAAGCUUAGUAAUAUUAGGACAUUAUUUUAAAAAAUAUUUGGGAUUGGUAAAUGGCAUUGUCACGGCUGGAAGUUCCAUAUUUACGACGCUUAUACCAUAUCUGAUGGAAAGUCUUCUUCGAAAUUUUGGAUUAGAAGGAACAUUUCGGAGUUUGGCAUUGUUGACCGCAGUUAUCAUGCUUUGCGCGCUACUUUUCAAACCGAUACCACUUAAUAAACCUCCGCGAUGCCAAUCGCCACAAAAAACGAAUUUUCGACAUCGUUUGAAGGAAGUUAUUAAUUUAUCGAUUUGGAAAAAACGACGAUACGUUGUAUGGGCUGUUUCUAUUCCCCUUGCCUUGUUUGGAUAUUUUGUACCGUACGUACAUAUCGGAAAAUUCGUAGCAACCACAUUUAAAGAUUCAGAUGGAAAAUUACCGGUCAUGUGUAUAGGUAUUACUUCUGGAAUAGGUCGAUUAAUAUUUGGUUAUAUCGCUGAUUUGCCUAAAGUAAAUAGAAUAUUACUGCAACAGAUAUCAUUUCUAAGCAUUGGUAUGCUCACGAUGUUACUUACCGUAACACCAUCUUUUACUAUUCUACUACUCAUUUCUUUAAGUAUGGGAUUAUUCGACGGAUGUUUUAUAUCGCUAUUAGGUCCUAUUGCUUUUGACAUUUGUGGCCGCGAAGGUGCAACUCAAGCAAUUGGAUUUUUAUUAGGAAUGUGUUCCAUACCUUUGACGGUAGGACCACCAAUCGCUGGCCUUUUAUACGAUCAUACUGGUUCUUAUGAUUUGCCUUUCUUAUUGGCUGGAGUACCGCCAAUAAUUGGGGCAUUAACUAUGUUUUUAAUAAAAUGUGUUAAGGAAACAGAUACUGAAAACGAUGCUGAUUCAAUUACCGAAGAACCAACGGCAAAAUCAACUUGCCAAAAUGGGAUGACAAAGGCUAUACUUCUAUCAUCAUAUUUUAUAACAACCAUACCAACUGAUUGUGGACUACAUAAAGACAAAACAAGGAUAAAGAAGUAUUCAUACAUACAAACUGAAUAUGAAUCUAAUGGAAUGUUCACUAUCAAAUGUAAUAAUAGUAGCAGCAAUAAUGGUUAUUUGCAGAAUGCAAGAUAUUCAGAAAGUACACCCUUAUUAUGUGACAAAAAUCAAAUGUUAUGGUCAAAACCAUCCUUAUUACAACGUACAGAGCAAUCAUCGAUGCUUCUUACACUAUAAUAGUAACAUAAUAGUGAAUCAUUGUAUUGAUUACAUAAAAAAUGUCACAUGGAUAUUUUACUUUAUUUUUGUACUAUUAUUUGAUAGAUUUAAUAUAUCAAUCAUAAAUAUAACUGAUAAUUGAUAAUUGAUUUUGAACAUUAAUUGUAAUUGUCAAAUUAUAACAAAAUCUGUUGCAUGUAAAAAUAAUAACUUUAUAGUUAAAUAUUUAACGUUGAUAUUAAUUAGUAAAAAAUGUAUUGUAGUAGAUACUGCAAAUAUUACUAUUAGUCUUUGAUUUAAAUUAUUUUAUGCCAUUUCUGUAAUAAUAUAAAAUAAUGAUGAAAAUAAGUUUUAACUUUCUAAUUGAAGUACAAUUAUAUUUCGAUAAAAAAUUUUAUAGAACGUUAUAUGAUGUUUAAUAUAAUGAUGACAAUAGAAUGUAUGUAUAACAGCCUA